CGUCUCCUUCUCAUUUCUAUUUGCUUCAAUGUUAAUUGCUUUUGGCAAUUAACGAAAACAUGUUAUCGUAAAACAUGUAAAAGAUAAUUGAAUAAUUCAAUCAAAAGUGCUGCUGGUUCUGUCAAACCAUAACAUCUCGGUCCAAAUUGUUGCAAGAACAAAUUAACAAGAUCGUAACUAAGAGAAUUUUGUAAAUAAUAUUGCAAUCUUAAAUAUAUGCCGAAAACAGAUGAGUAAAAUCUACUUCAUCUGUUUCUUCAUCUACUUCAUCUCUGUAUUCAUAUCUAUUUAAAUAGAUUAAUUUUAUAUAUUAACAAAAGUGAUUCUCGGCGUUACAAUGGGAAACAAUAGAGCAAUUGAGAAUCAGGGCUAUAAACGCACAAUUACAUUUUCGAUUUAAACUUCGUUUAUUAAUAAAGGUUCCAAACAUUUCCACUCAAUUUUGAGUUAUCUUCAAUGGUACAAUAAAGUAAAGGUAUAACUUUAGUCAGUCCAUGAGCCCAACCAUAAAAAUUAAUGAUAUAUCAAUCAUGUUAAUCAAUUGAAUGAAAUCAUUGAUUAAUCUUUAAUAGCCAUCUCAGAGCAAGAUGUCGUUGAUUGAGGGAGUAGGCGAUGAAGUCACAGACUUCUUCAUUAUCAUGACUGUACUGCUGGUGGGAUGGCUUGCUUGGUGCUCGACGAGUAUAGCAGAUCAGCCACUGAUACGUACAGUACUUAUUUUGCGUGACCGGGCGCCAAUACAUCUCUCUUCGGUUAGAACCAGUCGUCAGUCAACAAAUAGUCUUGGCAUCCAAGAUAUCGGUCGGUCUCGUAAUUCAGAAGGAAUAGAAGAGGAAACAUCAGAGAUAACUUCAAAUAUCAGUGAUAAUAUACAGUCGUCCACAAGUUGUCCAAAUACAACUUCCAUGGAAACGAGCGAGAUUACUCAAGAAGUCUCAAGAACAACGGAACCUACAGCGGCAGAAGAAGUACUUAUCGAAGCCAUGGAUUCGUUCAAUAGUUCUGAUCGAUCACUUUUACAAAGAACUACCAAGGCAGAUAACUCUAGCUUGACGUUGGAUCAAACUGCUAGUGGUACGUCAGAACUUAUGUCAGAAGAAUCAAACUUAACAACUGAUGACAAUAGUGACAUUAUUAUAAAAUUGAAAUUCAUAAAUGACGAUCAGAAAAUAGUUACUGGAAGUCUCAAAGAAAUGUUGGGUGAUUUUAAAAGGAGGCACUUUCAAAUAGAAUUGGAAGCACACAAAGUGAUAUGUUUGGUAUUUAAUGGUCGCAUAUUGCAACCCGAUACUAAAACCCUCGAACAGUGCGGCUUGUUUAACGAUUGCGUAGUCCAUUGCUGGGUGCAUCAACCGCGACCAGCCGCUGUACCGUCGUCCCAGACGUCCACUUUGGACAAUUCAUCGUCCAUUUACUUUAACUCUCAACCGUUCUCAGAUCUACCUACAGGCACGGGGAUGAGUUCUGUGCACAACGAAUGGGAUUUGAAUCGGCUCUUAGUAAGCAUUCUGAUGGUCAUCCUAGGUCUCGCGUGGUACUCACGGUAUUAUUACGCUCAAGUCUUCACCGCAACGACCACGCUCGCGCUCUACGCGUUAACCGCGAUCUUUACCGUCUCGUUGUUUAGUAACUUCUUUCCUGAUCAAGAUAACAUUCGGAAUGUAGAAUGAGAUGACGACGACGACGAUGACUACGAUUACGACUACGACUAUGACUACGAUUACGAUUAUGACUACGACUAUGACUAUGACUACAACUAUAGUUACCAUUAUUAAAUAUUAAUAAAGGCACCUUAAAUACAAUUGGUUUAACAUAUAACGUAACGUUUGAACGUACCAUGUACAUGAUAGGUGACCAAACGAUAAUCUUCGUCGUGGAGCAUCCGCUUGUACAUAACACUCAAGAUCAGAUUUAUCAUUGAUGAUAACGAGUUCAUUACAAUUGUAAUUUUCAUCUUUCUCAAUAUUAAUCUCGAAGACAUCGAUCGCAAAAUAGUGCAAUGUAUCUUUCUAUUGAUGUAUGUUUCUGUCGAAUCGUAAUUGUUAUACGCAGAAAAUACGUUUAAAUUGUCGCAUAAAUUUUUUUGCGUCAUUCCUUGCAGAAAAUCUGGAAGAAAAUUUCUUUAUGAUGACAGCAGAUAAUGAAUCUGCCUGCCAGUAUUCAUUAUAUAAUAUAUAAGGUGUCUCGAAAUUUAAGAGCGAAUUAAAAUAUCACAGCAAGAAAAUUAUCAAAAAAA